AUGGACGCCACAACCCUUUUUCGCCAGCUGCUCCGUACGCCAGCCUGCCACCGCUACGUAAUGCUUCCGCCGCUGCGCCCACACGCGCGCACCUUUGCGCUGCUGGCCCCGCCGUCGCUCGCGCACCCGCGCUUCCUGUCUCUCCCGCGCGUCCUCCAGCCCAGCUUCUGGGCUUCCAUGGUACCCAAGCCGUUCAAGACCCGCUCGGAACAGUCACCCAGGCGCGGGUGGAAUCCUGCGACGCCCUAUAUCAUUCUCAGUCUGCUCGUUGGUAGCCAGGCCAUCCAAAUCCUAUGGCUGAAACAGGAGCGAAGCCACACUAUUCGCAGGGCCGAGACCAAGAUUGGUAUGCUGAAAGAGGUUAUUGAGCGCGUACAGAGAGGCGAGCAUGUUGAGGUCGAGAAGGAGCUGGGGACUGGGGAUGCAGAGGGGGAGAGAGAGUGGGCUGAGGUUGUUAAAGACAUCCAGGACGAGGAAGCACUCUUCCAGAGUAAGAAGCGGAGAAAGGCCCUGAGGCAGGCUGCCGCAAAGGAGGCCGACACCACCACGAGUGAGGACAUCAAGCCACGGCAGCAAGUCGUCGUGGGAAAGAAUGGAAACUUCCAAGUGGAAAGCAUCGGAGGCUCGAAAUUCUACUAA